UUUAGUAUGUCAUAAAAACCUCUAGCAAUACAUCGAAUUUAAAGUUUUAAGGAAUUACGGAUUGCAAAAACAAUCACAAAACUGGGGAAAAAUCUAAUAAAGUGGGAGAGGAGACAAAUUUGAUGAACUGAUAUCAAACGAAAUUUGCUUUAUUGAAAAUAAAACUCCUUUUUGACGUCUUUGGUUUAGAAAAUAAUUGAAUUUUUUUUAAAACAAGAAAAAAAGAAAAACAUUGGAUUAUUCUCCCUUAUAAUUGCACUCAGUAAACUUGGCUUAAAUUUUAAUUGCUUCUGCAUGAAGACCUAUACCAUCAGUCCUCGCAACUCAGAUUUGACAAGAGGUCCGAUGUUUGGGGGAAUUUACAGAUAGGUUUUCAGAUAGAAUUUAUUGCAUUGAAAAAGGAUGUUUUUUUUCAUACAAAACAAGAACUGCUUGGCUUAAUUAAUAGGUACAACGAUUGUGCGCGAGCAUGUUUAGGGUGGCUCCUUUAGAAGCCUUUCAGGUUUACCAUGAGAGUAAAUAAAGAUAUAUCUUCCAUACAGUGCCAAUCAGCAAAUGGAUGAACAAACAAAUGUGACAUGGAGAACUGUCAGGGACCUCAAGUGGUUUCAGACCAUUGGUCGCUGAUAAUUUUUGCUUUAUUAGCUAAGUACACAACAAUUAAGUCGCACGAAAAAAGACAAUAGCUUUUGCCUUCCCGUGCGUCAGAUGAAUUUAGCGGAAAGUAAAUAAGGAUAUUUAUUUUUGCACUGUUCGUAUACCAGUCGAUGAUAACCGAAACUCUGAUUUAUGACUGAUCAUACGUACAGUAAAAUAAUUACUACUAAACACAGUGAGAAUAUAAUGGACAGAAAAAAAUUAACAUCAACAUCAGUUUUUAAAAACUCCAACCAUCUGAUCUGUUUAUUCAGUGCUAUGAAAGCUGUUAGCUUCUCGUCGGUUCCAAUUGAAAAUAUAUUUGUUUCAGAAGUUGUUUGGAUUCUCCCGAAACCCUCCUCCACCCCCUCCACGUUACUGACAAUAAAUUAUAUGAAAUUACUUAUCUCAAAGCUGCAGCAAGAAAGCGACAUUUGUUGUUACACUAUUUAACCAGUCCUGCUGAAUCAUUUCAGUGACCCUUUUGUCCCUAAUCUGAAAGCCCAAUUUAAUUAAAGAAAGCGAUCUUUAACUGUUAGGGUAAGAUAUGCUCCGAGGCCAAACUUAUCGCUUUCUCUGAUUGGCUAUUCCUCAAGAGACAACUUUGAACAGUGCAAAGCAAAAAGAUACAUAUGACUUUGUGAAAUUAAUCUCUACAGAAGUUCUAUAAUGGUCAUUUUAAUGGUCAUUUGUCUUCAGUUAACAGCCAAGUUUUAUAUGAGGUACACUUCAUAGCUCUCAUCCCAUGAUUUGAAAAAUAUAUACUCUUAAUAUCCUUAAUGUCGGCUCUUCAAACAGCCAAGUCAAAGUUGGGCUAACGUUUCACUCUCAGUAGUAUUUUUGCCAGUAAGUCUAUGCCCCUUUUUUGUAAACAAAAAUAAAAAAUCAAGAUUGUCAAUUGGGGGUUUCGUAAAUUAUUCAGUUUAGCCGACUGUCUCUUCGUGGGACAUUUUCGUGGGACAUUUUCUUUACAAAUGUCUUGACAAAAACCCCAUACUAAAGUGCUAAUGAAUACAUCUAUAGGUGGCAAAAUUUCAGUUAGAAAACAAAACAAUCGUUUUCUCCCGCAGUUUGUUGAAUCGGCCUCGCAGGAAGGAAUAUUCCGUUUAUUUUUAAUAUACACACUACAGUCAUACCAAGUCAAAUGCUACAACAUAGCGUUCGACUGACAAAAUUGGCAUCUUUGUUGAAGACUUCUGACAUUUUUAAGAUCGUGCACAACUAGCCACUUGUUUUAGGAACUGUAUAUUAGUCUACAAGACACCUUGCACGAACACAUGCAAAAGCACAAGAUCAACUCAACCACGGAGUUAAGAUCAAGAUCAUCUUCAGUCGACACCUGGAAAAUUGAUGCUGAAAUUACUUCAAGUCGGUCUGACCUUAAAAUGGCUAAGAACAAACCAUCUUUGAGAGAUCUCCUUCACGAGUUUGCAGAGGAAACCAGCGCACAUGGCGCCAUAAAGAUAUCCUCAGCCAAGUCAGUAUUUUGGCGUAUUUUCUGGGUACUGGUGUCGUUGGCGUGUCUGGGGAUGGUUAUAUACCAGGGAAUACUGCUGCUUAACACGUACCUAGACAAGCCUACUAAGUCGGACAUUGACGUCACUUACAUAAGGACCGUCAAAUUUCCCGCUGUGACAAUUUGUAACCUGAACAUCAUAAGGAGGUCCUUCAUCAGUAGAUUUCCUGAAGCUAAAGCCAUCAUGAGUCAGUUUAACAGUUUCAUAGAAAGAAAAGACGAAAGACCAGGAGGGGGAGGGGGCGGCCCAGGAGGUCCACCACCCAAUUCCUCAGGCACAAACAAUGCUCCAGAUUCAUUUGGUCCACCCGAUAAACGAAAAGAGGCCAUGAAGAAAUCUUUAAAGAUAGACUCCUCAGGUGCUGAAGAGUCAUCGAGUUUAAAUAACGUAACGGUUGAUGAACAGGCGUACGCUCAAGAUCUGAUUUUAAGCAUGUUAGCCAAGCAUAACGAAAGCGAAUUAGAGAGAGGAGGACAUAAAUUUCAUGAGCUGGUGUUCCGCUGUAACUGGAAAGAUUUUUCUUGUAAACAUGGUGAUUUUAUGAAGUACUGGAAACGUACGUGGAAUUGGAGAUACGGAAAUUGCUACACAUUUAAUUCUGGAGCAACAGGCGAAGGGAAAAAGAUACCUAUUUUGACUAGCACAAAGCCCGGCCCAAACUACGGUCUGACGUUAGAUUUAUUUGUGAAUCAAGAAGAGUACAUUCCCAGUCUUAGCCAGGAGGCCGGCGUUCGUGUUUUACUCACUGCUGAACGAAGUAUUACUUUCCCUGUCGACGAGGGCUUCACUGUCUCUCCAGGAUUUGCAACGUCUAUUGGUUUGCGAAAGUUGAAAAUUAUCCGCGUGGAUCCUUUUAACAACGGAAGUUGUCAUAAAAAUGACGAUUUAGAGGAAUUUUCCGUUUACAGACACUUCAAAGGCUCAAAGUAUUCCGUGCAGGGCUGUAUGUACUCUUGUCUCGCUCGUGCACAAGAAAAGGAGUGUAAUUGCACCGAAGGAAAAUUCCGGACUGUAUCAGGAAUCUGUUCCGAAAUUUCUGAUGUGGAAUGCAUUCAAAAUCUCCAGAAACAAUAUGAUAACGAUCAACUUGGUUGUUCAUCAAAAUGCCCUCAGCCUUGCAAUCAAAUUAGCUACAGGACGGCUAUGUCCAGUUCAGCUUGGUCCCUUAGUUACGAGAAACAGUUACAGGCAAUCAUGCUCAGACAAGGCGAUAGUAAAUUUGACGAUAUGGGAAAGGACAAGGACUCGUUAAGGCAAAAUUUUCUACGAAUAAAUAUCUAUUUUGAAGAGCUGAACAUGGAAAAAAUUACUUACUCGGAAUAUUACGCAUUUGAGAAUCUCAUGAGCGACAUUGGUGGACAGUUGGGUCUUUGGAUAGGCGUGUCAGUUAUCACAGUAGCAGAGGUGUUGAAACUACUCCUGGACAUUUUCAAAGUGCUGUUCCAAAAGUUAUAUUUCACUGACGUCAAAGAAAUUAAAGACAUAAACAUGUCAUAGCACAUGAUGCAGCCGAUCAUUGAAAGAAGCACCGCACGAACAUGUAGCCAUCUUUACGUAGAAAGAUCGUUUGUGCUUCACCUAGUCUAACACAUAGGAACUACGAAAGGUACGGGAAUCGAAUCAAGGUCCAAAUUGCAAAUUCGGUAGAUGCUUGAGAAUAUUACUUUUAAAUGACACAUUUGUUAGGUUCUUGGUUGAUUGUCAAAUAACAACGAAAUCUUGGAAGUCAGGUCCGGCAGUGUAGCAAAGGUGUUAGGCCCUCUGUACAUAAAUGAAGAAGCAUCUUGUGCGCAAAUACAACCUACAGUUCAGCCAUUUUUUUUUUGUCAAAAGGGAGCUAAACUCACGACUAAGUACCUUCGCUCGCACAUGAAAUGCACUAAGGACUUGAAGGGAGAGCGAAUCGUAAUUUAAAUGUCUUUAUCGAUACUAGCAACGAACGAUUACUAGAUUUGAAGAAAGUCUUUCAGACUUCUUCAGUUUUAGAUCAGAACCUUGUGUGCCUCAGCGCAUAUUGUGUGCUAAUGUUUCAAAAUGACUACACCUAUACUUUAGGUUUUCCUCGAUGUAAAUAUGUCUUUUGACUUCUGGCUUUUUGAAGGCAUGCUCUUGAUAGCGCCAAACUCGUGCACACCAAAGAUAAUUAUACUGUUAGUUUUCUGUUAGAAAAAAAUCAAGUUACAAGAAAAUUAUUUAAAAUGUAUUAUCUGUAAGAUAAUUAAACGGUUAGAUUAUAA